AUGUUACUAGACGUCAAUAGAAGAUUCUUCCAGCGGACAGACCGCGUAAAAGGCGUCGACUUUCAUCCGACCGAGCCGUGGCUGUUGACCGGCCUGUACAACGGCUCAGUGAACAUCUACAACCAUGAGACGGGCGCGUUGGUCAGGACGUUCGAAGUCGCUGAAGUACCCGUGCGCUGUGUCCGAUUUAUCCCUCGGAAAAACUGGUUCGUCGCCGGCUGUGACGACUUCCACGUUCGUGUCUUCAAUUACAACACACACGAAAAGGUCAUCGCGUUCGAAGCGCACCCCGACUACAUUCGAUGUCUGACGGUGCAUCCGACGGCGAGCAUCGUGCUCACGGGAAGUGAUGACAUGACGAUCCGGGCAUGGGACUGGGAGAAGGGAUGGAAGUGUAUUCAGGUGUAUGAAGGGCACACCCACUACAUCAUGAAUAUUGCUAUCAACCCCAAGGACACCAAUACAUUCGCAUCAGCAUGUCUCGACCAUAAUGUCAAGAUGUGGUCCCUUGGCUCCUCCACUGCUAAUUUCACUAUGGAAGCGCACCCUAGCGGUGUGAACUAUGUGGAAUUCUACCCCGGUCCUGAUAAGCCAUAUCUCGUAACCUGUGGGGACGAUAACACUGUGAAGGUCUGGGAUUAUCUCAGCAAGAGCUGCGUGCAGACUAUGCAAAGUCACACAAAUAAUGUUUCCUUUGCGGUGUUUCACCCUAACCUCCCUAUCAUCAUCAGUGGAAGCGAGGACGGGACAGUGAAGAUCUGGAACAGUGGGACGUAUCGGCUCGAGAACACCCUAAGCUACGCACUGGAGCGGGCAUGGUGUGUCUCGCUGCGCAAAGAUGCGAACGAGGUAGCGGUGGGGUUCGACGAGGGCGUCGUGAUCAUCAAACUCGGCCGGGACGAACCUACAUUCAGCAUGGACCCGUCGGGCAAGCUAGUUUACACCCGUAACCAGGAAGUUCUGUCGGCAAACCUGCAGACGCUGCAAGACGAUGUAACGGCGGAGGGCACCCGGAUACCGGUGUCCGUCAAGGAGCUGGGCUCCACGGAAGUCUUCCCCACCGCGCUCAUCCACUCGCCAAACGGCAGAUUCGUUACUGUUGUUGGUGAUGGCGAGUACAUCAUCUACACUGCGCUUGCAUGGCGGAAUAAGGCCUUCGGCAACGGCAACUCCUUUGCGUGGGCUGGUGACUCGAAUACGUAUGCGGUGCUGGAGGGUAAGACGAAGGUGCGGGUGUACAAGAGUUUCCGCGAACGAGGGGGCGCGGGGAUGAAAGGUGCUGGGACGUGGGCCAUCGAAGGGUUGCAUGGCGGCACCUUGCUUGGAGCGAGGGGUAAUGGGUUUGUCUUGUUCUGGGAUUGGGAGACCGGUGAGAUCGUGCGGAGGAUCGAGGUUGAUGCACAAAAUGUCUUCUGGUCAGGGACUGGCCAGCUUGUAGCGAUCAGCACGAAGGACUCUUUCUACGUCCUUCGGUUCGACCGCGACGCUUACACGUCAAAACUCGAGGAGGGCGCUGACAUCGGCGACGAAGGCGUUGAAGAAGCAUUCGACGUGGUUGCCGAAGUCCCAGAGAGUGUCAAGACUGCGAAGUGGAUAGGGGAUUGCUUCAUCUACACAAAUAGCAACAAUCGCCUGAACUACUUUGUGGGCACGGAGUCGUAUACCAUCACUCAAUUCGAUACACCACUGUACCUGAUGGGAUACAUCCCGGCACAUAAUCGUGUCUACCUGGGCGACAAGGAUGUGAACGUGUACGCUUACACCCUGGCACUCAGUCUGGUGGAAUAUCAGACUGCAGUGCUAAGGGGUGAUAUGGAAGCAGCCGAGGAGAUACUGCCGACCAUUCCCAAGGACCAGCGGAAUAAAGUCGCCCGCUUUUUGGAGGGCAGAGACUUGAAGGAGCUCGCUCUUCAAGUAGCCACCGACCCGGAUCAAAAGUUCGAUCUCGCCAUACAGCUAGAUGAUCUCGACACUGCCCUUGGGAUCGCGCGGUCCGUCCCCGAGUCAGAAGCAGAGUCUAAGUGGAAGGCGUUGGGAGACCGCGCUCUGGCCGUCUGGCGGUUCGAUCUCGCGAGAGAAUGCUUCGAGAAGGCUGGAGACCUAAGUGCUCUCAUGUUGCUAUUGCUCUCAAUAGGAGAUCGAGACGGGUUGUCUAAAUUGGCUCAUGCUGCUGAGGAGAAGGGUGCGAAUAACCUCGCGUUCGCAACGCUUUUCCAACUCGGCAACACGAAAGCCUGCGUUGACUUAUUAAUAAAGACAGAACGUAUCCCAGAGGCUGCUAUGUUUGCGCGAACCUAUUCUCCGAGUCAAGUACCCAGGACGGUCGACGCGUGGCGGGAUGACCUGGUUGCGAAGAACCGGAAGAAGAUCGCGGCGUCCAUAGCCAAUCCGAAGGAGAACCCAGAGCUGUUCGAGGAAGGCUGGGAGGACGCGCUCGCACGUGAAGAGGCUGCGUUGCAGGCUGCUCCUUCGGCUGCAGUCAACGGCGAGGGGGGGCUUGACAAGUCCGCUUCGUCGGACGAUUCUGAAGGUGUUUUGGUGGACGCAUCGUAGGUGCGACGUUUACUCUAGUCGUAUUGUAUAUUCCUUGGACUCUUCUAUGUAAUCCAGUUUAUAACCUCAAUAAAAGGGCCACUAAACACGGACCUAGACCUCCUGGUAUACCCGGAAAUUGAUCGAGAACCUAUGUUUGCAUCACCG